GUUUUUAGGGAGCGGAGUGCGGGGAAUGGGUAGCGAGCGUACGGCGUCGCGGGUCAUGACGCGUCGAGUGACGUCACCGCGAGGGUGGAAGGUGCGACAGCCGCCAGCACAAGGGUACUCACCCCCCAGUGAAAGUCGGCUCGACGGCGUCAGUACAACCUUACCAGUCGACGCGAGUCGACGCGUUAGCUCUCCCUAUUAAGUUAUCGCCGAUCACAUUAUACCUACAGGACGUCUAAAUAACUUAGAAAAAGGUUUUUUUGUAAAUAAAUUAAGUUUAAUUGCAUAUAUAUAAAGUCUUGAUUGAGUGUAACGAGAUUUCCAAAGUUUUGUGCAUUAAUAUCCACUUUCGUACUACAUUGUUUUGAAUAUCAAGACAACUCACUUGAAGCGACGAUGCACGAAGGCCGCUAAAAAUAACUGGGGUUUGCGUGCUCGAGUCUUGUUCGCUGCGGCCGGCCCGCUUUCUUACUCCCUACACUAUUUCUGUCUUAUAGGAAAGCAAUAAGAUAUUUUACAUGAAAAGGAACAUCACUAGAAUCCGAAUGAGUAGACAAUGAAAAAAGUGCGUAAGAAAAAGUCUGUAGUCGCGACGCGACAGUGACUUAUGGUGUUUAGUGCUUGUAAAUUUUGUGCCUGAAACCAGGAAGCAUCAUAUCUACAUAAGAAUGGCGCUUGUAAUGCUGCCUUGCGACCUACCCUGGUGGACGUCUGUUCAACGACAUCUCAAACAUCUUCUGGUAGCUUCUUCGCCAACUAAGCUAACAGCAAGCAUGUUGAAAAUACACGACAUGUGCAAUAUCGGGAUAGAUCCGGACGAUGAUAUCAAGGAUCCAGAUCUAAUGAAAGGCUUAGAGCAAUUCCUCGAAGAGGAGAUGAACGAAGAAGAACGGUCGCAUUUCUUAGACAAUACUGUUAGGAUUAUGGUGAAUAGGGCACUGCACCUUAAAAGAUGGCGCCCGCCAAAGGGACUGAUGUUUAGCUUACAACAACAAAGUGACGUUACAGAACUAGAUUAUAACUUUGUAUCGUCGCUAAUCGCUCAUGCCUUAUUCUCCACGUUUCCGAAGAGAACGCUCAAGACUCAUCCCACAUUACAAGACUUUAAUUUUACACAUUUUUUUAAGAAUUUACACAGAAAAUCGCAACGGAACAAGUUAAAAAGUUUAUUACAUUACUUCGAGUGGUUGGACAAACACAAUAAUGAAGGGUCCAUAAAAAUUAGUCGGCAGGUAAUGACAUCGAAACAAUGGUUGACCAUAGAAGACUGGUUAGAAUGCACGUUGCCGCUGUGCAAGCUGCUGGUUAGGCACGAGGGACGACCAGAAAGAUGUGAGAACGAAGACGCCAUUAGAGUGUGCUUCGCUACAAGCAGAAUCGGGGGCAACAUACUAAUCGACGGAGAAUGUCAGGAAUCACUGUCGAUGUUCAUGAUGCCAGAGCUAUUGUCCACUAUGCUAUCAGUAGAAUCUCUCGAAGAUAAUGAAGUUAUUAAAGUGGAGGGAGCGAGAAUGUUCAGCAGAAUAUACGAUAGAAAACAAAAGGCUACGCUAGAACUACUCGAAGAACCUAAAAAAGUAACGGUGUGUCUGAUGGAUGCAGAAGACUACAGCAGUCUCCCGUUAGGUCAGUGGGAAGAGGACAAUGUACUACGUGAACUAAACAAGAGUCUGCUUGCGUUCCAACAAACACCGAUGAAAAGUAAAGACACCAUUCGUCACGAGAGACGCUUGUCGCCUAUAGGCGAAUCCUUUAGCCACACGCCACCAGAAGUGGAAGCCACGGUGGUCAUCAAACAGGCUUCAUCCUGCAGCACCAUCAACACCAACAGCAGGAGCCCGUCGCCGCAGAACUACUGCGCAGCAACCCUCAACCUCAACGACCCCAGUGUGGAACUGUCUAAGCGUAAGUGCUGGCUGUCCCCGGACGGUGGGAUGUUGAACAAUCGCCGUGGACGAUUCAUAGUGCUCGGCUCGUCCGGGGAAUGUUUGCCGGUGACCAGAAGCACGGGCAACGACCAAGACACGCAGGAGGACAGCUUGUAUUCGAGCUGCAACUCCAGCGAGGACGAGUAUCACAGUGCCAAUGAUAGUUUUGAUUACGGUAGUGAAGACGAAGGCAGAGGGGAGAGCGCCCGCCCGAAUUCAUUCCAGUAUAACAAAGAAUUAUCAACCGAAGAGAAGAGGAUUUCGUUUGCGGAUAAACUCAAGGAGGCUUUGCGGAGAGAAGCUGAGGACUCUUGUACUAGUAGCAACACCGGGGACUGGUCCACGGACAGCUCUAGCUAUGCUGUCGGCAUUAGCAUCUCGGGAGCUGGAAUUAAUGAUAACGAAAUAAGAAUAAAGCGCGGCGGCUCAGGGGGCUUCGUGCUGACGGACAAGGAAACGACAGUCAACGGCGACUUAUCUCCGAGACGAAGGCCUCUCGGGAGGAAGGACACGGGAAACAGUUCUAAGUACAGUUUCAGCACCGAAUACACAUCAGAAUUGGAGGAAGUUUACGAGCAGUUCAACCAAUGGCUGAACGAUCCCAUAAUGGACGCGGGGUCUGGAGAACACAAAGCACGAGAGUUGGACUCUCGCGACUUGGCUGUCAUAAGAUUCGCCGGCUCUCUCUUGAAGCGUACUCUGAGUGAGUCAAUGGCGAGCGGUGCAGGCGGCGUCGGGACGGAAGGUGCAGCGGAGGCUGCGGAGCUUUACGGACGUGACGUCAGAGACAAGACUCCCCGGCGGCUUGCCCUAGCCGCCAGGUCACUCUCACUCGAACUGGCCCGACACAGACACAGACUCGCUGCUCAGCUGUUAAGCCAAUUGGCCCACAAGAUCGUGUCGGGAAGUUCGUCUCGGCCCGUGGCGACCGGCAACUGGGGCUGCGGUCACCGGCAGCGCGGACACCCACAGCUCAAGCUGUUGCUGCAGUGGCUCGCCGCCAGCGUCGCCGGUCUCCCCGCUCUCAUAUACUACACCUUCGGAAACGAGAAACUCUAUAAGCUGGAUACCGUAGUUCGAGUUCUGGUGGACAGAAAGUGGACAGUCGGCCAGUUGACUCGAGCCGUGCUCAAGUUCGCGCGUCUGAUCAUACACGAGCCUCACGUCAUUCCCGACAAGCACUCACUCUUCGACGAACUCAUCGGAAUCGAGAAGAUACCGGACGACACGUAGUCGACCCUAUCGCAGCGACAAUAAGGUUCAUAAUUAUCUACCACGGUUCGAACUAACGAUUCGGAUCAUUUUCUAUUUUAUUACAAAGACAAAAAAUAUGUUGUAGGCACGAAAAUAAUACGUUUAGCUUUCAUUUAGUUACACCACGAUGCAUUUAUUUGUAUUUUAAUAUCUAAUAACAAAAUAAUGUGGUUGAACUGUGUCUUAUUUUACAUGUCUGUUGACUUUUAGAUACUUUUUACGACAUAGUCACGAAAGCAAUACUAGUUCGACUCUAUAUAAAUACAAACUUUGAAAUGUAUUUUUAUACAAAAACUAUCAAAUUAAAACCAUGUAUGAAGGUUUCUAAUUUAUAAGUUUUACUACAGAGCUGUUAGUAGCUUGAUAUCACUAUUUGAUUUUGUUAGCAUCUAUUAAUUUACAUCCCAGAUUUAUAAAUGUUAAUUUUAAAACUACACAUUCACAAAUAUGCAGCUGUAGCAAAUACUUACAACGCGGUUUUGUUACUUAUCAUAAUAAUUAUCACUCUUAUAAUCAUUUUCAUCGUAGUUGUAAGAGAAUAUUAUACAUAUUAUAGUGCGUUUGAUUUGUAACAUCACACAUCAAUAAAUAUUAAUAUCAAUAAAGUCUACAUUCGACAAAGUCUUCCAUCGCAUGAAUCUCGAUGUGUCCAAAGUUUAAUUUUACCAAACAUGUGGGUGGGAAAUAAAUCAAUUGCGUCGAA